GCAGCGUCCAAUAACUGCGACUCCACAAAGAUUAGUAACACACUGUUGCUUUUAAGGGAGCGUGUUAUUUCAGUAAAUCCAACAGUUUAUUGUUUAUGUAGUCUAACGUUAGUAUUCUACCCAUGAGCCCGAGGCUAAUCUAAAACUGUCAGCCGAGGGAAAUGACAUGGCAACGGCAAAACUUAACGCUGGCUUGCGGGGAUUUGAAGUCGACCCUGUCGCUUUUUCUCUGAAGGAGUGAACUGCAGCAGCAGCAGCAGCAGCAGGACCAGCAAGCGAGUGAAGUUUACUACUGUUCCCUCGAUAACAAAAGAGGGGGACCGCCUUUGUUUUUUUGGAUAACUAUUCGACGCCAUCGCACAGUUAAAAGCCUGAAAACGAUUCGGAGUUCAAGACAUGCUCCCGCCGUGUUUGUGUUGUUGAAGGACAUGGACAACAGGGACGGGCAGUCUGAGUAACACUGACUCAAAACCAUUGUUGCAUCAGAUCAUCGACACCACCGUUGGUCAGUCCAAAUAAAUGUAAAGGCAUCUCUGGGUCAAGUUACCAUGGAUAUCUUUACCCGGCCAAGCAAUGAAAUCCAAAGGAGGAACCCUCAGCAUGACUUUGAACUCAUUCAGAGGGUUGGAAGUGGCACAUAUGGAGACGUGUAUAAGGCUCGAAACAUACAAACCGGAGAGCUUGCUGCUGUGAAGGUCAUAAAGUUGGAACCAGGGGAUGACUUUUCCAUCAUACAGCAGGAAAUCUUCAUGGUGAAGGAAUGCAAGCACCACAAUAUUGUGGCCUACUUUGGGAGCUACCUCUGUCGAGAGAAACUUUGGAUAUGCAUGGAGUACUGCGGGGGAGGAUCUCUGCAGGACAUCUAUCAUGUGACUGGACCUCUGUCAGAGCUUCAAAUAGCAUACGUCUGCAGAGAGACCUUACAGGGUUUGGGAUAUCUCCACAUUAAGGGGAAGAUGCACCGCGAUAUCAAGGGUGCCAACAUACUGCUGACAGACAACGGAGACGUGAAGUUGGCUGACUUUGGAGUUGCAGCCAAAAUAACAGCCACCAUUGCCAAAAGAAAGUCCUUUAUCGGAACACCUUAUUGGAUGGCUCCUGAAGUAGCUGCAGUGGAGAAGAACGGGGGCUACAACCAGCUGUGUGACGUCUGGGCUGUUGGCAUCACAGCCAUAGAGUUGGCUGAGCUCCAGCCUCCGAUGUUUGACUUGCAUCCAAUGAGGGCCUUGUUUUUGAUGUCGAAGAGUAGCUUCCAGCCUCCGAAGCUAAAAGAUAAGAGCAAAUGGUCUCCUGCCUUCCAUAACUUUGUGAAAGUGUGUUUAACAAAGAGCCCAAAGAAGCGGCCCACUGCAGAAAAAAUUCUAGGGCAUGUGUUUAUGGCUCAGACGGGUUUGACGAGGAGACUUGCCACAGAGCUUAUUGAUAAGAUGAACAACCCGGACAACCACCAGAAUUUUGGAGAAAUGGAUGAGGAUGACCUUGAGUUUCAGGGAAACAGCGAAGUCAGACACACCAUCCGCUCCACCAACAAGCAUGCCAGAGCUGAGAGGACGCGCUCAGAGAUCGACUCAAACAAUGGAACAGACCAAAGAGAGCCACCCUCAAGUCCUAGCUUCACUGAGGGACACAGGGUGGAUGCAGUUGACAAGCUCCAGUUUAAAGCACCAGUACAGAAGGAAACUGCGGCUCAUUAUGAAACGGAUGUCAAAGAUAAUGACUUCUCCCCCUGGAGUCCUUUUGCAGAAGGAGGAAUAACAACCAGGGGACACGUCGCCCAUCUUGAAGAUGCCUUUGAUGAUACGGAGCGAUCAACCAUCAAGCCAGGCGUUCCUCCUCCUCUGCCUCCAAAGUGUUAUGUUUCUUCUCAGCCAACUUCAAGCACCUCAUCAGAGGAAAUGGGCCUUAACGAUGAGAGGUCUGCGACAGUAAAGAGGUUCCCUAACUCGGAGAAUGGACCGAGCCAAGUGGCUCGCAGACAGAGCACACCUGAGCAGGGCAACAAGGUGGAGAACUCAUCUCCAGACCUCCUGUCAGCCAGCGUCAGUAGCCCCGGCCUUUUGUCGCACUCCUCGGAUCCUGCUCCAAGUAAAUCUGAACUUAAAGAUAAUGAUUCAGAUGGCAGUGUAAAUGGAGGGAGUCCCAAGCCACCAUCCAGUGAGCAAAACCGGAAGGAGAAAAAGGAAUUCCCUAAACCAGCUAUCAACGGCCUGCCACCCACUCCUAAAGUACUGAUGGGAGCCUGCUUCUCUAAAGUGUUUGAUGGCUGUCCAUUGAAGAUCAACUGUGCCACGUCAUGGAUCCAUCCAGACACCAAAGAUCAGUACCUAAUCUUUGGGACAGAAGAUGGCAUUUAUACUCUGAAUCUUAAUGAGUUGCAUGAAGCUACAAUGGAGCAGCUCUUCCCAAGGAAAUGCACGUGGCUGUACGUUAUCAACAACAACCUGAUGUCUUUAUCAGAAGGUAAAACCUUCCAGCUGUACUCCCACAAUCUCAUCGGGCUGUUCGAGCAGAUGAAGAAGCCGGGCCUGGCCGCUCAGUUCCAGACUCAUCGCUUCCCUUUGCCCAAGAGAUUUGCCUUGACAACUAAGAUCCCUGACACAAAGGGCUGUCACAAGUGCUGCAUUGUGAGAAACCCGUAUACUGGCCACAAGUACCUGUGUGGAGCGCUUCAGUCUGGGAUUGUCCUUUUGCAGUGGUAUGAGCCCAUGCAGAGAUUUAUGCUCAUCAAGCACUUUGACUUCCCUCUUCCCAGCCCGCUAAAGGUGUUUGAGAUGCUGGUGGUUCCAGAGCAGGAGUAUCCUCUGGUGUGUGUUGCCAUCAGCCAGGCCACAGAGCCGAGUCAGGUGGUCUGCUUUGAGACUAUCAACCUCAACUCCUGCUCAUCAUGGUUCACAGAAAUUGGACCAGGUAAUCAGCAGGUGGACGCAAUCCAUGUCACCCAGCUGGAGAGAGACACAGUGUUGGUGUGUUUGGACCAAAAUGUGAAGAUCGUUAAUCUCCUGGGCAGACUGAAAUCCAACAAGAAGCUGGCUUCUGAGCUCAGCUUUGACUUCUGCAUCGAAGCUGUUGUGUGCCUUCAGGACAGCGUUCUGGCCUUUUGGAAACAUGGCAUGCAAGGAAAGAGCUUCAAGUCCAAUGAGGUAACCCAGGAGAUUUCUGAUCCAAGCAGAGUCUUCCGCCUCCUUGGAUCUGACAGGGUGGUGGUCUUAGAGAGUCGACCGACCGACAACCCCACGGCCCUGAGCAACCUCUAUAUUUUAGCAGGUCACGAGAACAGUUACUGAUCCUCAGCCAGUGACUCACCAGGUCUUUGAAAAGUGGAUAAGAGGCCUCACUUUUGGGAGAAAAUGACACUCUUAGACCUGCGUUUCUGUUACGAGAAUUGUCCGGUUUAAAAGCGUUUUUGGGAGCUUUUGUUACUGAUCACGGGAUCUGCAGGUCAGUAAAAGAGGAGCCUGGUCAGUUCGGAUUCAUACGUAGCCUUUCACCAGCAAGACGUUAACUGUAGCCUCCGUCAUCUCAAACAAUGCGAGGACUGUUACGAGCAGGAGGAGAAGCAGUAAAAAGCUUGAAUAAUCAUCAUUACUUAGCGUUUUCCUCACUUUCCUGUUCUGUGGACUGAGUUACAAACAAAUUAUCUAGCGGUAUUAUUACAAAAGUGCCAUUAAAAUUCACAAGAAUUGUGAUUGUAUUAGGAAACCAUGGGAGAUUUGUUGUGUUAUUGUCUGUCACUCAUAAUUACUGCCUGUGGCAAACCUUAGUAAGCUUGAGAGGAGAUUUUACAAGCUCUGUAGUGAGAAUAAUAGAUCAGUUGAAACAGAAACUCACAAGUGCUGUGGGUUAUUUAAGCAAUAUUUAUUAACCUCAUCUUCCGUAAGAGGGUAUGUUGGAUUUAUACACGGUGACGGAGCGGUCUGCUGUGUUAAAAUUAACUACCUAAGCAGCUUUGGGUUAUUUUUACUGCUCUGUAAUAUAGUUGCAUCUCCUGCUCUGCUGCAUUUUUUUUUUUUUUUUUUUUUUUUUUAGAAAUUGGAUAUACUGUACAUGUUUUUGUUUUUAUUUUUCUUUACCCCCCUCUUUUAUAGACCCUUUACUUAUCAUUAUUUGCACCAUGUAAGCACUUUUGUACAUUUUUAUUUAAAAUAAAAAGACAAAAUGAGGGACUGCUAGGUUUUAUUAACAUCUCUGCAUUCCCUUUGCUUAAUGUGUACUGUUUUUAUAAUAAAAGCUGUUGUUAACAUGA